ACGGCCGUUUCGUACACAAACAUGUCGGUUUCUUUGAUCUUUAUGCUGAUAACCAUUCCAGGAAACCUCAUCGUCGUCUUGGUGGUACUGUUAGAUCCCCACAAGGAAUUCAGAAAGCCGUUUACCCUUCUGAUCCUAAACCUUGCUGUAACGGAUCUUAUCGUAGGAGGAAUAGCUGAGCCGUUGUCAGUGAUGAUCCACUACCGUGAAGCUCGGAAGAUGAGCAUCCCCAUGACCUGGUUGAGCCAAACAGCCUAUUUUUUGUGCUGCACUGCGUCCCUUCUAAGCCUUGCUGUUCUGACAGUAGAUAGGUAUUUAGCCAUUACCUUACCGAUGUGGUAUAGAGUAAACGUAAGCCUUUUGAGGGUCGGUUUUGCUUCGGUAGCGAUUUGGGUUCUGUCGAUAUGUUUUACAUCCAUCUUUUUUUUCAUGGAUUUUGUGACCUACGCAUUCAUUUUUGGCAAUAUUGCGCUCUUUUGCGCAGUGUUUAUUGUAAUCUUUGCCUAUGUGCGAAUUUUUCGCACGCUAAAAACCUCAACAGAGAAUUCCGCUCAGCUGGUGGCAGGUGCUAGUGAGGCUGCAAAAGCGCAUGCACGAGCUCAAAACGCUGAAAAUAAACUAACGCGAACAUACAUGUUAAUGGUGCUUGCAUUUUUGUUCAGCUACCUACCAACAACUGUCAUGAUCUACUUGAUGAAUCUCUGCACUGUUUGUAGUUGCGAGCUUAUUCACUGGUUUCGGGAUUUUCAGUUCAUUUUCGUUGUUUUCAACUCACUGGUCAAUCCUUUUCUGUACGCAAUUCGCUUGCAAAACUUUCGCAAAGCCAUUAAGACCAUCUUCAAAAGGCUUUCGUGCUGCAGUGAUAAUAGAGUUGAACCCCAGAAUGAAAUCCAGGUUACCGCGGCUGAGAGUGGACAUCACCAAGUACACGAGGCUGCCAAGGCUUCUAGAACAGACGGCGCUUAA